AGCAAGUUUCAGUUUCAGUUUCGGUCGAAAGCCAAAGGCGAGCGGUUGUUGCUACGCUUUCAAAAAACACGAGAAAAGUGCGCGCACAGCAGCAACAUUUGCGUUUAGAAUCCAGUUAGGCAGUUGGCCAGCUGGAAAAGUCAAAGAAAAUUUAUAGAAAAUCAAAUAGAGAGAAUAAUACAUCAGAAAAAAAAAAACAGGAAAAAACCCCAGUGACAGCAGUGCUAAAACCUCGCGAUACAUAGUAUAUUUUUUUCGGGUGCUCGAAGUGCAACAGCAGAGUCGUCGGCUUAACCACACAUGACCACAAUGCCACCGGAAAUGUCCGCAACAACGGCAGCUCCCGUUGGCAGUGCACCCAGUGCCACCGCUCCCCAUCAUCAUCAUCAUUCGGCGGUCUCGGCCGUCGGCGGCGGCCUGCCGCGUCCCGCUUCCCCAGCCGUCGGCAGCAACAGCAACAAUAGCAGCAACACGACGCAGACGGCAACGGCGACGGCGGCAACAACAGCGACGCGAUCCCGCUUCAUGAUCACCGAUAUUCUGGCCGGUGCAGCGGCAGCUUCGGCGGCGGCAGCUGCAGCAGCGGCGGCUCUGGCGGCCGCCUCCUCGGCCAGCAGUCCGUCGGACUCGGAGCACCAUCAUCUCCAUCACCAGCAGCAGCAGCAGCAACACCAGCAGCAGCAGCAACACCAGCAGCAACAGCAACACCAGCAGCAGCAGCAACAUCAGCAGGCCGCCCUGCAGCAAUACAUCGUGCAACAGCAGCAAUUGCUGCGCUUCGAGAGGGAGAGAGAGAGGGAAAGGGAGAGGGAAAGGGAGCGGGAACAUUACAGGGAAAGGCAUUCGCCACCUGGUGGUGGCAAUCCCUAUGCCCAUCAUCCCAUGCCACCCCACCUGCUCGCCCACUUUCCGCCCGCCCACUAUGCCGUGUUGCAGCAGCAGCAGCAACAACAGCAGCAGCAACACCCGCACCAUUUGCAACUGGAGAGGGAGCGAUUGGAGGCACUGCAUCGACAUGGUCACGGGGUCUUGCCAGCCGGCGAUCCUGGCCAGCAUUUGAGCCACCUGAGCCACCUCAGCCAUCAGCAUCCGCAUCUGCAUCAUCCCGGGCACGAUGAGCGAUCCCGAUCGCCGCUAAUGUUGCAACAACUGGGCGGCAGUGCCGGCAGCAACAACAACAAUAGCAGCAGUGCUAACAACAACAACAACAACAGUGGUAGUGCCAACAGCAACAUCAACAGCGGCAACAGCAGCAGCAACAACAACAACAAUGGCAGUGGCAACGGCAACAUGUUGCUCGGAGGCGCCGGCAGCAGCAUCAGCGGCGAUCAGGCCAGCACAAUCGACGACAGCGACAGCGAUGAUUGCGGCGGCAAGGACGACGACGGCGACGACAGCUUGAAGAACGGCAGCUCGGCGAACGGCGACUCCUCGUCGCACUUGAGCCUGAGCCUGAGCAAGAAGCAACGGAAGGCGCGCACCGCCUUCACCGACCACCAACUGCAGACGCUGGAGAAGUCCUUCGAGCGGCAGAAGUACCUCAGCGUCCAGGAUCGCAUGGAGCUGGCCAACAAGCUGGAGCUGAGCGACUGCCAGGUGAAGACCUGGUACCAGAAUCGCAGAACCAAAUGGAAACGACAAACGGCUGUGGGACUGGAACUGCUCGCCGAGGCCGGCAACUAUGCGGCCUUCCAGCGGCUGUACGGCGGUGCCACGCCCUAUUUGAGCGCCUGGCCGUAUGCGGCCGCCGCUGCCGCCCAAUCGCCCCACGGCGCUCCGCCCUCGGCGAUCGACAUCUACUAUCGCCAGGCGGCCGCCGCCGCCGCCCUGCAGAAGCCCGCCCUGCCCGCCUCGUACCGCAUGUACCCCACUAGCAUGCCGCCGGGCAUGGCGCUGCCCGGAAUGCCCGCCCCCCCGCCACCCGGCUCCUCGCCCAUGCUGAGCGGUUAUUAUGCCGCUGCGGCGGCAGCAGCCGCUUCCGCUGGCGCUCAACAGCAGCAGCAGCAACCUCCGGUGGCUUCCCGCUCGCCGGCGACCAGCCAGAGCGCCAAUAGCGAGGCGGACUGCGAGCGGACCAGCAGCAGCAGUCGCCAGCGCCUGAUCACGCCCAGUCCGCCCCUAAAUCCGGGCAGUCCGCCGCACCGCGAGCGGAUCAACGAGGAGGAGGGGGAGCGGGACGAGGAGAGGGAGCGCGAAAGGGAGCGAGAUGAGGAGGACGACGAGGAACUGGCCCUGGAGGUCUGAGAAAUCCCCGAGAGAAAUCCCUACCCUUUAGCUGGAUCUCACAAAAUUUGUCUAGAGCAGCGGUCGGCGGUCAGCGGUCUGCCGCCACACGCACAGUAUACAAUUAAUAAUCAACAAGUGGGUGGUGUGUAUUCGAGAACUAUGAAAUAUGGUGGACUAAAAUCAUAGAAUUUGUAUAAAUAUUAAACAAUAAAAUUAAAUCAAAUACAGCUGGAUUUAAAAUGAUAGAUAGCGAUGUUUUUAUGCAGAACAAUUCACACAUUCAAAAUGAGUGAAUAUCUUUUUAAAUUUUAUUUUGAAAUAGCUUUCAUUAGAAAAUUAAAAACUAAUAUUAUUUUAAACACAGCUGUUAGUUAAAAAUCCUAACUGCCACUGAAAAUGUAUUUAGUUUGUGGUUAGCUAAAUUCAACUUAAAAUGAAUUUCAAAAUUGUAUAAAGAAAAGUACCCAAGAAGUAACAGUAUUAGACACUCCCCAUGUUCAUCUGUCUCCAGGAAUAGCCCCCAGUAAUUGUGAAGAAAAUAUAUAUAAAUAUCUAUACAUAAAUCUUUUUUUUUCUAUAUUUAAUUAAAACUAGCUUAGAGGAAAUUUUGUAAAUUUUUGUAAAUGAUUUUUGUACAUACGCAGCAGACCAACAACAACAACAACAUCACAUAAGCAACACAACAUUUUUUUUUUCCAAACAAUAUUUUUUUUUACAACUUUUUUUUGUGCCUAGUCUUAAGACGUCUAUUGUGUGUAGUAAUAAUAAAGCGAUGAAACAAAAAAAGAGCAA